UUUGUGACACCACAGAGCACUUGAAAAAAGUAACGGAACCAGGAAGCUGAGAAAGGAGAGCAAUUAGAACAAAAAGGUACAUUGGCACAGAACCCACGUUACCUCCAGAGUCGACGCAACAAUCGGAUAUCAUUGACGUGCUCAAUAUCGCUCUGAAUAGCCGCAAUGCAAGGUAUUGUGGACAAGGUGAAACUGAAGAAUGAAUCUUGGGUUAAUGUUCACGAGAUCGCAUCGGUCACAGGUUGCAUAGUCUAACUUCCAUUUAGGUGAGUCACGCGACACGGUUCUGGAACUUGGGAGAAGCAGGAGAGCGGAGCCGUUGGCGGCAAUUCAGUGAAUACAGUCCACGUGUUUAAAGGCAAAUGACAAUGCUACCACACGACGACGCAAUUGAGGUACUUCCUUACGACCCUCCCGAAUCCGGCGCGUGUGAGAUCGACGGGGAGUGUAGGCACGUGCUUGCGUGCUACCACGUGGAAGACAUCGGUCCCAUUCACGUAUUCCUCCAGGGGGACGAGGACAAAGAGGACGGGGAGAGACCCGAAAGUUACACAGCGAUGCUGAUGCUCCCUCCAGGCACGUACCCGGCUCCGUCAUGUACCGAGGGCGUGUGUACCUGCGGAGUCCUUCGCCCGGAGCAGGUUCUCUCGGACGAAGAGAUGCUCUCGUACGAACAACAAGAACAAGAGGAAAACGACGUCAUAAGACACCCCAAAAAGAAACGAAAGUACUCUUGGUUUCACGGGGAGGACGUUGUGGCACUUCCGGUCUCGAGCCGGGUGGAGGACAAAAGUGCCGAAAAGCACAGAAAGUUUAUUGUGCGUGUGAUUGUAAUUGUGACAGUGGCCAUCUUGUUGAUUAGUUUCAUUCUUGUUGUGGUGAUGCUGAAGAUGUCAAACCACAUAGAUACUCUUGGAGAGCUGGCAGACGACACGGAGUCACGUGCUCAACGUGAACCGUGACGUCAUGUCUUGAGGGAAAUAGUUGGAUCCGAGACGAAACUCAAAGUGAGUAAACAGAAAAAAAACUGAGUUUUUAAAACGAUGUCAUUAUGAG